UCAAACUCAAGUUAUGAGGCUUUUGUGCCUGCUCGGCGUGCUCGCAUUGAUCCCGCUCGUCCUUGCCGAUUGCACAUGCGAGAGAGACAGCGAGGACCGCAACAAGGACGAGGCCCUCAAGUACAAGCUAGCGGCGAUAGCCUCGAUCCUCGUGGCGGGCGCAAUCGGGGUGUGCCUCCCGAUCGUUGGGAAGACGGUCCCGGCUCUGCACCCCGAGAGAAGUAUCUUUUUCAUCAUCAAGGCCUUCACGGCCGGGGUGAUAGCGUCCACCGGCUUCAUACACGUACUCCCGGAUGCCUUUGAGAACUUGACCUCGCCGUGCCUGAGCAAGACCCCAUGGGGGGAUUUCCCGUUCGCGGGGUUCGUGGCGAUGCUCGCCGCCCUCGGGACGCUGAUCGUGGACACUCUCGCAACUUCCUAUUAUAAGAAGUUGUACACCGACAAGGCCGGACCGGGUAAAAGCAUCGGAGAUGAAGAGAAGGCCGGAGAAAACCAAGGUCAUGUUCAUGGCCACUCUCACGGUUCGAUAUCGACAGACUCGAACUCGGAUCUCCUACGGCAUAGAGUGAUAUCUCAGGUGCUAGAGUUGGGGAUUGUGGUGCACUCAGUGAUCAUAGGGAUCUCGUUGGGAGCUUCGGAGAGUCCAAGCACAAUCAGGCCUCUUGUUGCUGCCUUGACCUUUCACCAAUUCUUUGAAGGCAUGGGCCUCGGUGGAUGCAUCUCUCAGGCCAAGUUUGAGACUCGGGCAAGUGCAAUCAUGGCGCUGUUUUUCUCCCUCACAACCCCAGUUGGCAUUGGUAUAGGAUUGGGAAUCACCAAUGUGUAUGAUGAGAACAGCCCAACCGCACUCAUUGUGGAGGGCAUCUUCAAUUCUGCAUCUUCAGGGAUAUUGAUUUACAUGGCCCUGGUCGAUCUUCUUGCUGCUGAUUUCUUGAGCCCUAAGCUGCAGAACAACGGGAGGCUCCUGUUUUGGUCCAAUGUAGCUCUUCUUCUUGGUGCUGGCUGUAUGUCUCUCUUGGCCAAAUGGGCUUGA